AUGCGAGGGACUGGCAUCUGUUUGCCGUCCAGUGCGGAUGAGCAAACGGUGGAACGGUGGGAGUGGCCGAGCGAGACGACGAUGGAUGCAGACGGCGGUGCAGGACCCGCCAAGGGGAAAGGGAGAGCGACGUCGGACGACUUUGCCUCUCUACCCUCCGCCAACCUCGACGACGGCGCGUUCAUUUCGGCGGCCGGCUCCCCUCCUCCUCCUCUAUACCGCACUUCGGCGAUGGGCGGUACCUUCGACCACCUGCACAUGGGCCACAAGCUCCUCCUCUCGAUGGCAUGCUCGAUCACCUCGCAGAAGCUCAUCGUCGGCGUUUCAGACGACGCACUGCUGAAGAACAAGAAACACCGCGACUUGCUCGAACCGCUCGAUGUGCGGAUCCGGAACGUCGAAUCGUUCGUCGCGCUCAUUCGGCCGGAGAUCCAGUGCGAGUGCGUGCCGCUGCAGGACGUGUACGGCCCGACUGCAAACGAUCCAUCGAUUCAGGCGCUCGUCGUCUCGGACGAGACGAAGGCAGGAGGCGACACGAUCAACAAACUCCGCACAUCUCGCUCCCUACCGCCUCUGGAUGUCUGGUGCAUCUCGCUCGUCGCGCACGACGCGCAAGGCGGUUCGACGACGAGUCAGGAGGAGAAGGUGGCGGUCGAAGUGGCGAGCAAGAUGGGGAGUACGGGGAUCCGGGAGUGGUUGGCGAGGAAGAGGGAGGCUGAGGGGGCGGGAAAGGGAGCGUAG